UGAAGGUGUUUUCCAAUAUUUCCCAAAAACUAAUGGGUGAAUGUGAAAUUUAGCCGAAAACCUAUAUAACGGCAGUCAGCAACCGCCAUUGAUGAACUAAUUAACACUAAUCCGAUUCGCGGAGAAAGGAAGAAAUCGCCAUGAACGAAGGAGUGCAGAAGAAUACGCUCUACGUCGGCGGUCUGGCCGAGGAAGUGAACGAGCAAAUACUCCACGCCGCCUUCAUCCCAUUCGGAGACAUUAAGGAUGUGAAGACGCCGUUGGACCAGGCCACGCAGAAGCACCGCUCCUUCGGCUUCGUCACUUUUCUAGAGAGAGAAGACGCCGCUUCCGCCAUGGACAACAUGGACGGCGCCGAACUCUACGGCCGCGUCCUCACCGUCAAUUAUGCGCUUCCCGAGAAAAUCAAGGGUGGAGAGCAGGGCUGGGCCGCCAAACCUAUUUGGGAGGAUGCUGACACCUGGUUCGAGAGGCAGCAACAAGAGCAGGAAAUGCUGCGGCUUCAAGCAGAGCAACGAGCAGCGAUGGAGGCAGCCGAAGAUUUGCACAGAAAGAAGAUGGCUGAGGAGCGAGAAGGCGAGAAAGAUGAUGCUGCUGAUGAUCCUAUGGCAAAGGCUGAAGCUGAGGUUUUGAAGCAGAAUGCUGGAGCCUAGGAGAAUCAUCACUAUAAUCAUUUCUGGAAUCACUUUAAUUUGGUGCUAUCCUUUGUUCUUUUUCAUGUUUUGGAAUCACCAGAAAAUGAAACAUCAUCUUGCAGCUGCUCA